AGAAAUGAGCAGCCUCCUCGUCCUCGCCACCUCUCCCUUCCGUUGCCUUGUUCAGUUGCGCUUCGUCUCCUCCUCCUCCUCCUCCGCGCAGAUCGCCAGGCGAGGAACCAGGAAGGCUAAGUGCAGGGCAGGAUGCAGUACAAGAACCUGGGCCGGUCGGGGCUCCGCGUGAGCCAGCUCUCGUACGGCUCGUGGGUGACCUUCGGCAACCAGCUGGACGUGAAGGAGGCCAAGGCGCUGCUGCAGGCGUGCCGGGAUGCGGGCGUCAACUUCUUCGACAACGCCGAGGUCUACGCCAACGGGCGCGCCGAGGAGAUCAUGGGGCAGGCCAUCCGGGACCUGGGCUGGCGCCGCUCCGACGUCGUCAUCUCCACCAAGCUCUUCUGGGGCGGCCCGGGCCCCAACGACAAGGGUCUCUCCCGGAAGCACAUCGUCGAGGGCCUCCGCGGCUCGCUCCGCCGCCUCGACAUGGACUACGUCGACGUCGUCUACUGCCAUCGCCCCGACGCCUCCACGCCCGUCGAGGAGACGGUGCGCGCCAUGAACUGGGUCAUCGACCAGGGAUGGGCCUUCUACUGGGGCACCUCCGAGUGGUCCGCGCAGCAGAUCACCGAGGCCUGGGCUGUCGCCAACCGCCUCGACCUCGUCGGACCCAUCGUCGAGCAGCCGGAGUACAACCUCUUCUCCAGGCACAAGGUCGAGUCUGAGUUCUUGCCACUUUACAGCACCUAUGGCAUUGGUUUGACUACAUGGAGUCCUCUAGCUUCAGGAGUACUAACCGGCAAAUAUGGCAAAGGGAACGUACCAGCUGAUAGCAGGUUUGCCCUAGACAAUUACAAGAACCUGGCAAAUAGGUCCCUGGUUGACGACACGCUUCGAAAAGUGAAUGGGCUAAAACCUAUCGCUGAUGAACUUGGUGUUACAUUAGCCCAACUCUCAAUUGCUUGGUGUGCAUCGAACCCCAACGUCUCAUCUGUGAUCACUGGAGCCACCAAAGAAAGCCAGAUCGUGGAGAACAUGAAGGCUCUAGAUGUCAUUCCACUGCUGACGCCGGAGGUUCUCGACAGGAUUGAGGCGGUGGUCCAAAGCAAGCCCAAACGUGCCGACUCAUACAGGUGAAUGUGGUACAGCCUACGGCGUGCAGAUUGAGUGACAGGGAGGGAUUCGGCUUCAUCCAGAUGGAGUUUAGGCCUCCCCAGUGACUUGAUUUCACGAAACUAUAUCCAUGAUUUGUGUAUUCUGGGCGUCCCACUCUGUGUUGCUGUGUCCCAAACAUUUUCCUUGUGAACCCACCUAGUGGUCACAAUACUAGUCUGUCUGUCCUGUGUGUAUUCUGCUUUCCGAUUCAGAUUUUGGACCAAUCCUGCAUUGUUGCUUGCGAUCAGAAAGAUUUGUCGAGAAACCUGGAUGACCAUGAUACUUGCUGGUUGUGCUGCAA